AUGACAUUACUUCCACCACAAGUGAGGGACCAUUUAAUGAAUAAUCAAAAAAAUAAAGAGACGAAUAUGAAUAUGAUUCAUAACAACCAUCACUCAAUGGAAUCACAUCAACACAUGGUAGGUAAAGAUAUGGAUAUGGGAGAAGACUCAUGUUCCAUGAACAUGUUAUUCAGUUGGUCAUACAAGAAUACUUGUGUUGUUUUCAAAUGGUGGCAUAUUCGUUCCUUCUUUGGAUUAAUUAUAAGCUGUUUGAGCAUUAUGACUUUAUCAUAUCUUUAUGAAUAUUUUAAAUAUCGUCUUAAUUCAUACGAAGAAAACGAAUUGAAAAGGAAUUCCAAUGCAGUUAAUACGAGAAAGUUCAAAUUACAUACAAGUAUUUGGUAUGCGGUUCAAGUUGGGUUUUCAUUCAUGCUCAUGCUUGUUUUCAUGACAUAUAAUGGCUGGUUAAUGUUAGCUGUUGUGUUUGGAGCAUUUUUGGGACACUAUUCUUGGAAUGUCCCAAAUUCUAUAAAGUCUACUCUCGGUUCACAAUCUUUGGCAUGCCAUUGA